AUGUUUUUCCGUUGUUUGGUGUUAUUCUUUACCAUAGCGUCUAUUGUGCUAUGCCCGUGGGCCAUCGUGGGCUCCUACAAGAACCAGAGCCAUCUUACUGAGAACUACUUGAUCGGCGUCCAAAUAACCGGUCUAGAUGUGGGUAAGCUUUUUGCUGGUGCUAACCUGAAGAGAGACUUUGCGAAGAUGCCUAGAUACGUGGAUGUCAAGCCAACGCCUACUGCCACUGAAUCCCUCGUGACUGCUUUCCCCAAGAGAGACGUUGUUGGCGACAUUGAGUCGGCACUCGGCAAUGCUGGCGGUGAUAUUACUUCAGCCGUGGGUGGCAUCAAUGUUGACAGUCUCACUGCACAGGCUGCAUCUGCCACGAAGGACGUGAAUACCGCCGAAAUUGCCAGUAAGAUCUCUGAAUUGGCAGCUAGUGCCUCCAUCCCUGAUUCCUUGGCAACCAUUGCAGCUGGUCUCGCUGAUGGUAUCGACAUUGAGAGUGUUGUUUCUGAAUUGGAUUACCGUGACUUGGGAUUGGCUGACUACUACAGUGUCAGUUACUGGGGCUACUGCAGAGGUUACAUGAACGGCGUGAAUGGUACCGAUGAGCUCCUUGACAACUUGGGUAAAUUUGGUGAUAACUUCAACAAGGACGAUGUGAAGUUUGUCUGGUGUAGCUCUCCCAAGCCUGGCUUCAAGUUCGACCCUUUGGACCUUGUCAAGCGUGAAAUGACUAACGCUGUUACCAACUCUGUGGACGGUUUCAACGGUCUUCCUCAAGAGCUCUCCAACACCAUCAAGGCUCAACUCCUUGCGAUCAUUGCAUCUGUGGACUACGAGGACCUCAAUUUACCCGGUGACUUGAAGGACAAACUCACUUUGCUCAACAACGUCACGAAGGCAGCUUUGGCCAUGCUUAUUGCUGGUACAGGUUUGGCAUUUAUUUCCUUUAUUUUCCAGUCUGUUGGUCUUUGUUGCUCACCCAACAACAGCUGUCUUUCAUGCCUAAACUUCAUGCUCAUGUUGCUCUUCUUCAUUUGCAUACUUCUUGGCGCCGGUUUGAGUACUGGUGCCUACAUGUUUGUGAGGUCUGAGGUGAACGAUGAGAUCGACGAUUUUGGCUUGAAGUCGUUUUUGUCGGUGCAAUAUUAUGCGUUUGCAUGGUCUGCCAUGGUGGCAUCAUUUUUGGCAAUUGUUUUCGCAGCCGUUGGCUACUGUUGCGGCUGUUUCUCAGGAACCAGACGCUCAUACAAGAGAGUGCAAGAGCCACCAAUGGCUUACGAACACAAGGGGUAUCACUAG